UUUCAAUCUGUUUCCGUUGUCGGUUUGUCUAUUUUCUGUCCCUUUGCAUUCUUUCUUUACCGCAGAACUUUUGUCGGAAGCCAACAAACCUUAAAAACUUCCUUUCUUUUCCCUAUAAAUCUCCUAAAUCUUCUCUGUCUCUCUUCUUCAAUCUUCCUCUCACUCACCCAAAACAGGUGAAAAAAAGAGAAAGAAACAGCAUUAAAGAAGAACGUUUUUAGAAUAGGCUCUUUGGUUUUUGAAAGCUGAUCAGGAAAACAUGGGAGGUUGCGCUACUAAGCCUAAGGUUUUGAAGGGUGACGAAGGGGAGGUCCCGGCUCCGGUACCUCCUCCUGAGCCGACGAAAGAGCCUAUUCCUGCGGUUCCUGAAGCAAAGGAGGCUGCUGAUGUUGUUGCUCAAGGUGAAAAGAAGGUGGAAGAUGAUCAUGCUAACGAGGCUGUUAACGCCAAGGGCGUUGGUGAGGCUGAGAAUGUUGCUGAUGAUGACAAGGUCGAUGAUCAAGCAAACAAGCGACGAUCUCUUAGCAACUUGUUCAAAGAGAAUGAAAAGAAGGGUUCAGCUGAGAGUGAUGACUCACCAUCAGAGGUAGCGGAACAAGUAUCACCGGAACUAGUGCAACAAGAAUCAGUGGAGCCCGUGAAACAAGAACCAGUGGAGCCAGUGAAACAAGAAUCAGUGGAGCCUGUGCAAACAGAAUCGGUGGAGCCUGUGGAACUAGAAUCGGUGGAGCCAGUGAAACAAGCAUCAUCAGAGACUGAGAAACUUAAAGAGGCCUCUGUGGCUAUGGAUUUGGAGACCGCGAAACCUGUGAACCCAGUUGAAGAAACCUCCAGUCCAGAAUCUGUUGUAGCUCCUGGAAAGAUUGAAACAGAACAAUCAAUUGAAGCCGCGCCAGCAACUGAGCCAGCAGCAGCAGCGCAUGUGUCCUAGACACAAAACAAGGAAACAUCAGCUGACGGUAAGGAAGAGAAGACACAAUUAGCAAAGUGAAGUUUCAACAAUAAUAUCGAAUUAAGUGUGAUAAAGGAAGAAUGAAAAGGACUGAUAUGAGGUUAGGCUGCUGGAGAGAUUGUUGUGGAAAUCAAGCAAUUCACUUGGUUUAGGCGGCUUUUGAGUGGACUUGUUUCUAUUGUUCUGAAAUAUUUUUUUUUCUUAUAAUCUGAGUUUGUCUUUGAUAUUCUCUACUUGUUCAUAUGGACAUAUGGGAUUUUUAGAUUGAAUAUAUGAGCAUAGUUUCUGUACUGCACCAGAA